GUUUUAUGAGUAUUGACAGACACUAUCUAGAGGUGAGAUCUGGAAUAACAGAAAGGAUCAGUCACACUGAGAGAAGAAAUAGAAAAUAGCCAAAGGGGGAGUGAGACAUUUGAUAAAAUGAUCGCAUUACCCAAGGUUCUUUUGAUGGGGUUACGCAAAUCCGGUAAGAGCAGUAUCCAAAAGGUUGUUUUUGAUGGCAUGCAGCCACACGAAUCGGUUAACCUCCCCACAACUGUGCAGCCUACCAAACGCACCGUGCAGUCGAACGAUUUCGUGACCUUCGACGUCUGGGAUUUUCCUGGACAAAACGAUCCAUUUGAUGAAAAAAACAGCGCAAACCGCUACGAUGUCAACCAGCUUCUAGAGAACUGCGGCGUGAUUGUGUUUGUGAUGGACUGCCGUGAACUUGUUGACGACGCGCGUGUGCGGUUGCUCGAUACGAUUUGCGCCGCCUAUCGUUAUAGCCCUGAUCUCUGCGUGGAGGUUUUUAUUCACAAAGUUGACGCCUUGAGUGAGGACCAUCAGGUCGACCUACUAGUCAGCCUGCAGCGCCGUGUUGAAGAGGAGGUCAAACAACAGUUAGAAAACACGACCCCACCGAAGCUGAAUUUUAAUCUUACCUCGAUCUACGACCACUCUGUCUUUCAGGCCUUCUCGCUUGUCGUCCAACGGCUGAUCAAGAUCAAACUUCCCUUCAUUAAUGAGCUGCUCCAAAUGUUAAAUAGCAACAGUAACAUAUGCCUGAGCUAUUUGUUUCUUAGUCGCUCUAAAAUUUAUAUUGCUGUUGAUGAGCGAACACGUUUAAAGGCGCGGACCUAUGAUUUAUGUAGCGAUGCCAUAGAGGUUAUGGUCAGAAUGAGCCAGAUAUACACCUCGUAUAAUUCAAAGCACGACUCAAAUAGCGCGGUCCCGCGCCGUGCGUCUCAUGGGGAUUUCACACACUCACACGAGUUGGAUGAUAAUGAUAUCCGGACAAGGAAAGAAAUGGUAAGCACAAAUUGCAGCUUCACUAAAACGGUACAUUUGGAGGAAGAAGAGGAGGAGGAACGUAUUGCUUUGCUCGAACAUGGCGCCAGGGCUGUGAUACAGCUUAAUAAUGACGAUAAUAUUUACGUUAGGGAGUUGCCCAGCUCCUUAACUAUUGUCCUCAUGAUAAAACAAAAAGACAUGGAGUAUAGGGCUCUUAUUGAUAGAAAUGUAGAUGAAUUUUAUAAAGCUGCUUAUAAUAUUUUUACAUCUACACACGUCUAAGGAGUGAGAGAGGCGCAUAUUAUGUGCUCUUUCACCCCUAUAUCCAUAUUUAUGCAACCAUUGGAGUGAAAGAAAGUUAUACUUGGGGAAAGGUUUGUAAAAAA